UCCAGCGUUGGCCACGCUUCGUCCGUUGGGACGGCUAUGGCAGCAGCAGUCAGGUCGGCGCGGGUGGCGGGGCGCUGCUUCAGCCCCCUGCUCCAGUUUAGCCACCACCACUUGCGCUACGACAGAGGCUUGUCCUUUGCCUUCAGCACUGCUGCGCAGCAGAGGAGCACGGGCGAUGACUGUGGUCCGGAAGACCCUCCUGAUGAGCCUAGACAUCUGACCGAGAACAGUUUAGAGCUCAAAGCCACCAAAUUGGAAGAACAAGUCCGUGUCUUAACAGAACGGUACCAAAGAGCCCUGACAGAUUCUGAAAAUGUUAGGCGGAGGACGCAGAAGUUUGUCGAGGAUGCUAAGAAAUUUGGCAUCCAGAGUUUCUGUAGAGACCUGGUAGAAGUAGCCGAUAUCUUGGAGAAGACCACCAAGAGUACCACAGGUGGCGAACACGACGACCCAACUCUGACUCUCAAGAAGAUAUGCGAAGGCUUGUCUCUCAUAGAGUCCAAACUGCAAAGCAUAUUUGUGAAGCACGGCCUGCAGAAAAUGAACCCCAUGGGUGGCAAAUAUGACCCCUACGAUCACGAAAUAGUCUGUCAUGUGCCAGCAGAGGAACUGCAGCCAGGCACCGUGGCAUUAGUGACUCUGGAUGGUUAUAAACUUCACGGCCGCACUAUUAGACAUGCACAUGUGGGUGUGGCAGUAGAAUCACAGGAAUGAAGUGGACACGUUUUAUUAAUACUUGAGACCUUAAUGGACUGAUUUCUCUGUCCACAUGACUGUUGCUGCUAUAGCAUGGAUUUUUUAUUUAUUAAGCCAAAUUUGUUACCUCUGCUGGCCUCUCAGGAUGGGGUGCAAUGGCCUGAUCUUCACUUCCAAGAUGUACAGCUAAUUUAAUAUGACUUGCUCUGUGUCAUAAAUAGUGUUUCUCCCCCCCCCUCUCCCCGGCAGCUGUUUCUCAGUCAGAGGUAGUGCUGUGACUUUUCUGGUUUUGGUUUUCCAUUAAAUUCUGUUGUGGGUUUUGAAGGGAAGGAGGACUCCUAAUAAUUCCUAAUUAGGAAUUAUUAUAAUUCCAAGAAGGGAAGGGAACUAGCUCAGUUGUAGACCAAUGUUGUAUGCAGAAGGUACCAUUUUGCUCCCUGGCAUCUCAAGGCAGAAUUCAAAUAUCUGAGACCAGUCAGGGGAGACAAAGGGAUAGUCCUCCAGGAUGCUGUGGAAUACAGCUCCCAUCAGCCCCAGUCAACAUGAGUAAUUAUCAGGGAUGAUGGGAGCUGUAGUUAGGGUUGCCAGACUCAAUAGAGGACAGGACUUCUGUGCCUUUAAUUGCCCUGCUCUCUUUUGAGUCUGGAAACCUUAAAGAGA